AUGUCAGCAAAGUUGGAACUUUAUGGUUGUGGUAGUCCAAAUGUCGUCAAAGUACAAUUGUUACUCAAGGAAUUGAAGAUUCCUUUCACCUAUCAUGAAGUAGACUGGAGAAAUGGUCAACAAUACAAAGCAGAGUUUGUAAAGAUCAAUCCAAACUCCAAGUUGCCAGUCAUUGUCGACCAUGAUGUCGAAGGUGAACCAAUCAACGUAUUCGAAUCUGGUAACAUCCUUUUGUACUUGGCCAACAAGUAUGCCAAAGGUAGAUUGGUACCAGAUGCAGACAAAGAUAUCAGAGCCUACACUGAAGUAAUGAAUUGGUUAUUCUGGCAAAUGGCAAACAUUGGACCAAUCUUUGGAAAUUGGUAUCAUUUCACAAAUUAUGCUACUGAUAAGUACCCAUAUUCAAUUCAACGUUUUGGUAACGAGUUGAGAAGAUUGUUCCAUGUCUUGGACAAUACACUUAAAACCAGAAAGUUUGUUGCAGGUGAUACCUACUCUAUCAGUGAUAUCGCUAUCUACCCAUGGGCUCGUAUUAUUGGAUUCGUACCAGACUUGACUGCUCAAGAGUUCCCAAAUGUCUAUCAAUACAUUGCACGUAUCAAGGCUAUCCCAUCUGUUGUCGAGUGGGAGACCUUUGAGGAGGAAGAAAGAAAGAAGAAACCAAUGGCUCCACCAACUGAAGAACAAAGAAAGUUCAUGUUUGGUGUCGAUGGUAGAGCUCAAAAUUAA